GUCUGAUUGUACAUUCUGACAUUAUAGGCCUAGUAUCUGAGUAUCGUAAAAAACUAUUUAGGUACCGGUACUAUUAGAAAUAAAAAUGUCCGACAGUCGUGAGCCACCACCAGAUGAUGAUGAUUUAUAUGAUUUGGAUGAAAAAGAUGAUAUGUUCACUUCUACAAAAGAGACGCCUCAGGAAGAGAUUGAUUUGAAUGACGAAAAAGAGGACUCUGCUCCACCCGUUGAUGUGGACACAGAUAAAAAGUUCCAACUAGUAGAUAAUAGUGGUGAUGCUCCUCAGAAAAAAGAGGAUGAACAUUUGACCCAGGAAGUAUCUAAACCAGAGGAGGAGGAUGAUGAUCUUUUUAAAGAUGCAGAUACAGCUGAAAUGUCAGAUGUUACGCUGGAUAAAACACCCGAGUCUCCUGAGCCAAAACCUAUGGAGACAAAACCUGAGAAACCAAAAGUUGAAGUAAAAGAAGUUAAAGAAGAAAUUAAAAAAGAAGAGAAAGUUGAAGAUAAAGAUGAUAUGUUUGAUCUCGAGGAAGAUAAAGACAAAGUACAUGAUUUGAAUAUCUCUGUUUCUGAGCCACAUAAGAAGGGAGAAGGAAUGAACGCUUAUAUGACAUAUAAAGUCAAAACCAAGACUACAAUGCCGAUGUUCAAACGUCCUGAACUGGUCGUCGACCGUCGUUUCAGUGAUUUCCUCGGCCUUCAUGAGAAACUUGUUGCUAAGCAUCGCCAUGUCGGACGUAUUGUUCCCCCUGCCCCCGAGAAAAGUUUGGUUGGUAUGACGAGAGUAAAAAUGUCAAAAACCGAAGAAGAAGCUCAGGCCAUAGAUUUCAUCGAGCGACGUCGGGCUGCACUAGAAAGAUAUUUGAACAGAUUAGGACGACAUACUGUUCUAUUACAAGAUCCUGAUUUCAGAGAUUUUCUUGAACAAGACGAGUUGCCGCAAGCAACGAGUACCAGAGCAUUGAGUGGGGCCGGUAUGAUGCGUCUCAUGAAAAAUGUGGAAGGAGCGAUAAGCAAAAUAACGAUACGCAUGACUGAGGAUGACGUUUGGUUUGAAGAGAAGCAACAACAGAUUGAAAGUUUGGACAACAAACUGAGGAUGCUACACAGUGCUGUCGAAGAUUUGGUCCGACAUAGAAAAGAGCUUGCCAGCAAUACUGCUUCGUUCGCAAAGAGCGCUGCCACUUUGGGAAACUCUGAAGAACAUACUGCAUUGUCUCGAGCUCUUGCUCAACUAUCUGAAGCUUUUGAAAAGGUCGAAGGGCUCCACCAGGAGGUUGCAAAUUCCGAUUACUACAAUGUUGCUGAAGUUAUCGGAGAUUAUAUUAGAAUCAUUGGAGAGAUAAAGGAAGUGUUCCAAAUUCGUGUUAAAAGUUGGCACAACUGGCAAACUGCUGAACAGAACUUGGCCAAAAAGAAGGAAUUGGAGUCUAAACUCCAACAGCAAGGACGAAAUGACAAACUACCAAAUGUACAAUCUGAAAUUAAGGAGCUUGAGAGCAGAGUGAAAACAUGCAAGCAAGAAUUUGACGAUCUAUCUACAACGAUUAAAAAAGAAAUCAUGAAAUUCGAGCAAAACAGAGUCAUGGAUUUCAAGCAAAUCAUUCUGGUAUUUUUGAAGAUGUUGAUGAAAAGCCAAGAACAGAACAUCAAGUUCUGGGAAGGCUUUCUUCCAGAGGCAAGAGCAAUAGCCUGAGAGAGAUAUUGUUUGAAAAUUGACAGAUCCUGAUGAUUCCCGAUAUUAAGAUGAUUAUGAGAUUUCUAAUCAAGAUUGACACUACCAUUGCAGAAUGGAUGGAGAGUGUCCCUUUACCUUAUGAAUGGCCUCUUAAAUUGUGAUAUAUAUCGAUAUACGCAUUAUUAUUAUAUUCCCAAUAUUUUCAUUUUUUAAUAGAAAUUCAAUGAUAAUGUUCCUUUCAAAAUUACAAAAUUAGUGCCAGGUGCAUAAAAUUCCACCAUCAAGUGCCUCUUUAAUAAUAUCAGCGAUUCAGCCCCUUUUCUGUCAAUUGAUUCACAUUUGUAAAAGGUAUCAUGAAAGAUAAUUGGAGUUUCGAUUAGCAGUCUAUAUGUUUUUUUAAUUGCUAUUAGCCCAAGUUUAUAUGCUUUGCGUUGUCAGAUUGAUUUGAUAUCCAUGCGUAUUGUGUCAUCUUUGUCUAAGACCAAUUGUAACCAUGUAUACCAUAAAUUUUAUAUUAUCAUGUCAUGUGCAAUGUAGUCCUUAAUGUUUAAACAUAUUUGAAUCUGGAGCAUUGAUUAUUUAAUUUUUAAAUUCUGGAUUAAAAUCCCCCAAAUAAGAGCACAAAUCACAAUGUUCAUGCAUCUAUAGGAUUCAAACUAGUUAUCUUUCUUACCAGUUACCUGGAAUGGUAACCAAUCAGUUAUCCGCCUAUAUCUUCACGGUAGAAAUUUGAAAAGCUUAGGCUACCUCCAUCUUGUGCUGUAUUUUGUAAACAGCAUGGAUAACAGUAAAACGUUGACUUUUCACCGAUCUUCCAUAUGGAAUAGCAUUUUAGAAUGAGGUUUCAAUAUUCCAAAUUGUUUUAUUCCGCAUAUAAAAGCAGUUAUCGAUUUGAAAGCCACAAAAAAUUUGUCUACGCCUAGAAAAUCAAAGAAAUCCACUCUGUUGCCCUCCUGCUUCUAUUCCUAAUUGUAUCUCUUGUGUGUGAUGUCUAGUGUGAUGAGACAACAUGUUAUGUAAUUUACACAUUAAUAAUGAUAAUCUAUUGCUAUAAGA